UUGUGAAAUCCUUCAAAUUAUGCUUAAAAAUAUUGUCAGUAUUUUUAAAAUAUCGAAUUAAUAUAAUUAUUAAGUAUCUGAACUUUGUACGUAUGAAUUGCAGGUAUUUCUAUUUGCUGUUGGAUGUUGAACAGCUCGACGGAGGGGAUCAGAAGUCGGCAGUGUACGCUCAAAGUCUAUUUCGGAAGGUGUGUACUGAAUUAUUUGGAGAAGCUGGUGCAGGUCACGUGGAUGUACUUAGUGUUCGUGGCUCACAGAGUGAUAAUGUCUGGUGGAUUGGGUGAACCAAAUACUACAAGUAGAAGAACAUGGAGUGUUAGUGAGGAUGGCAAGCACACAGUCAUUGUGGCAAGCCGCAGUGAGUUGAGUACACCUAGUACUGUAUCCCUACCUCCCCCAGAGCCUGCUCCGGGCCUUAUUUUACCUGAUGGGUCUAUCAAUUGGGGCUGUCCUUGUCUUGGUGGCAUGGCCACAGGGCCCUGCGGAACUCAAUUCCGUGACGCAUUUUCGUGCUUCCAUUACAGUGAAGCUGAACCAAAAGGGAGUGAUUGUUAUGAAAAGUUCAGUGUAAUGCAAGAGUGCAUGGCACAGUUUCCUGAGUUGUAUGGCAAGGAUGACGAUGAUGAUGAUGAACUUGCUGCUGCUAUGGAGGAGUCUGCAGCUACCAGUGAAGAUUCUACCAACAAAGAUGAAGCACAAAAGAAAUUGUAACAUUAGUCAAACUUAUAAAAACAAACCUUAGUAGACUCAAAAUCAACAUGAAACUGCCAGCAUUGAGAAGAUACUUAAAAGAUUUAGUUAUGUUAAUUGCCAAGUCACAUACAUCAAUUUAUACUGGGCAAAACCAAGUAUAAAUCCAUAUUUAAAGUAUUUAGUUGCCAUGGCAAGAUGAAUCAAAUAGAUUUUGCAGUAGUUAAUGAUAGUGUUAUAUCUUAUGAUACUAUGUAUUAAACUUAGAAUAGUUAAUAAAAUAAGUGGAUAUGGAAAUAUUAUGUCCUAUAGUCAAUAUUGAUAUUUGUUAAUUAUAAAAAAUAUCCUUACAACUAUUUUUAUUAUUAUCAACUCCAAUUGUAAUUUGCACAUUACUUUAAUAUCUAACUUUAAGUAUUGAUAGAUGAGAUACAAACUUGCAUUAAAGAGGACUUACUUGACUUGACCUAAUAUCCUUUAACCCAUGGUUGUUGGUUUCUAGGCAAUGCUGACCACAACACUGAUUGACUCCAUCAGUGAUUGCCACCAUCCCUAACUUCCCACCCUUAACCAAAAAGGAAUGAUCUAGAUAUUGAUGUUGUCGACAUGAAUCAUUCAUGGGGAGUCCAUCACCUUAGCCAUUUAUUUUGCACUAAUAUUUCUUAAGAGUUGAGGAGUCUAAAAGCACCAUCGCAGGAGAGCAUGGGGAAAAGGCUAUGCAACAACUGUGGCACCCAGUGAGUUUCGGAAGCGGUCUUAAUGACAUACUUGCCUAUAAGAAAAGAUUAUCAAUGAUUUAUCGAGAAAUGCGUGUCCUGUCCCUUGUCCCUUGGAACUGCACUCUUCACAAGAAUAUAUUUACAAAAUAAAUAAUUUUGCGGUU